UGGAAGAAUGUCUCAAACGAGUCAGACAUCGACGCCGACCGCAACGAUUCCAAAGUCCAUUCGCUUCUUAUUCGGUGGAAGCGCUGGAAUGUUGGCCACUUGUUUCGUACAACCAUUGGAUUUGAUUAAGAAUCGGAUGCAAUUGAGUGGCGAAGGCGGAAAAGCGAAGGAACACAAGACGAGUAUACAUGCGAUUCGAGCCGUUAUUAAAAAUGAAGGUUUUUCUGGACUUUAUGUCGGAUUAUCGGCUGGUCUUCUAAGGCAGGCCUCGUAUACAACUGUGCGGUUAGGGGUUUACGCGUCACUAUUCGAGAAAGUGAGCGGCGAUUCUGGGAAACCGCCCGGAUUUUUCACCAAAGCCGGCAUCGGUAUGACUGCCGGAGCCGUCGGUGCCUUUUUCGGGACACCGGCCGAAGUGUCACUCAUCCGAAUGACAUCCGACGGACGGUUACCACUGGCCGAGAGACGAGGCUAUAAGAAUGUGUUCGACGCUCUCAUUCGCAUCACUCGAGAGGAAGGAGUGUUGACGCUAUGGCGCGGAUGUAUUCCAACCAUCGGUCGAGCGAUUGUUGUCAACGCCGCACAACUCGCCUCUUAUUCGCAGGCGAAACAGAUUUUGGUCUCAACUCCUUAUUUCAGUGAUAAUAUUAUGUGUCAUUUCGCCGCUUCCAUGAUAUCCGGUCUCAUCACUACCGCAGCCUCAAUGCCCGUCGAUAUCGCCAAAACUAGAAUCCAAAACAUGAAGAUAAUCGAUGGAAAGCCUGAAUAUAAGGGCGCUUUCGAUGUACUCUUCCGUGUGAUUCGUAAUGAAGGUGUGUUCGCUCUGUGGAAGGGAUUCACUCCAUAUUACGCGCGAUUGGGUCCGCACACAGUAUUGACGUUUAUAUUCUUAGAACAGGCGAAUCAGGCCUAUAAACAACAUGUCCUCAAAGACUUCUCUGGCGGCGGCGGUCUUUGAUCUCAAUUGAAACAAAUUCUCGCAAAAUAUUAGUUAUAGAUUUUAUUUGGUUUUAACAUAUCUAUAGAUUUUAAAACAAUUAUGAAAUAAAUUGAUUUGUUAUUAGUAAACAAA